UAUUAUUAAAUCAUUGUGAAUCUAGCGAGACGUGUGUGUCAUCUAGUCGCAGCGUUAAUUAUUAUUUUUUAAUCAAACGACGGAGCGCUGUGCACGUUUGGGUUGGGCGGACGCACAAUCAUAACAGAGAAGACGAAGUAAAAUAAAGUCUAAUAAAUAAAUAAAAAAAACGCAGGCUGCAUUUUGUUUGUUCACAUUGACGACGCUAGAGCCGCGGGGUUGGCCAAACAAAUUGUCCCGCUGGCUGCAACAGUAAAAAAGUAGUUUGCCUGUGAAAAGUUUCAGUGAAACAAUACUAAAUAUUUGAAUAUAAAUGUGUCUUUAAAGAGUGGUUAGGUGAUUCAAAAUAGUACAAACGCCAAAAUGAGGCAACAAACUUUAACACAGGCAACAAUUUCAAUUUGCUGCUGCUUUUUGCUGCUGUGCAGCAACAGCGUGGGAAUCGCAUUCGCAGAUUCCUUCUCCGAUUAUUUUUCCGACUAUGAGUGCAAUCAGCCAUUGCUUGAGCGUUCGGUACUAACGGCAACAUCAUCGCUGACAGAACGUGGGCCAGAAAAGGCGCGUUUAAAUGCUGGCACCUCGUGGUCAGCCAAGAGCUCGGACUUUGAUCAACGUCUGAUUAUUGAUUUGGGUCUGGUGAAGAAUGUCACGCACAUUGCGCUGCAAGGACGCCCGCACAGCAAUGAAUAUGUGACCGAGUAUACCAUUAGCUAUGGCAUCACAGAUCUCGAAUUUGCCGACUAUAAAGAACCCGGCGGUAAUAUUAAGAUGUUCAAGGGCAAUACGGAUGGCAAUUCCAUACACUACAAUGUCUUUGAGGUGCCCAUCAUUGCGCAGUGGGUGCGCAUCAAUCCCACGCGCUGGCAUGAUCGCAUCUCAAUGCGAGUCGAGCUCUAUGGCUGUGAAUAUAUCUCCGACAACCUCUACUUCAAUGGCACUGGACUGGUGCGCUAUGAUCUGCGCCGUGAGCCCAUUGCCUCGUCUCAGGAGUCCAUACGCUUCCGCUUCAAGACUGCCUUUGCAAAUGGUGUUAUGAUGUACUCGCGCGGCACACAGGGCGAUUACUAUGCUCUGCAGCUGAAGGAUAAUAAGAUGGUGCUGAAUCUUGACCUGGGCUCGGGCAUUAUGACCUCGCUCUCGGUGGGCAGUCUGUUAGACGACAAUGUGUGGCACGAUGUUGUCAUUUCUCGCAAUCGCAGGGAUAUCAUCUUCUCAGUGGACCGUGUCAUAGUGCGUGGUCGCAUUCAAGGCGAAUUUAGUCGACUCAAUCUGAAUCGAGAGCUGUACAUGGGUGGUGUGCCCAAUGUUCAGGAAGGUCUCAUAGUGCAGCAGAACUUCUCGGGCUGUUUGGAGAACAUUUAUCUGAACUCGACCAAUUUUAUAAGAACCAUGAAGGAAAGCUAUGAGCUAGGAGAAGCGUAUCUGUAUAACAAGGUUAAUACAAUAUACGCCUGCCCCUCGCCUCCCAUUUAUCCAGUUACGUUCACGACCCGCGGCUCGUAUGUUCGCCUGAAGGGCUAUGAGAACUCGCAGCGCUUGAAUAUUUCGUUCUACUUCCGCACUUACGAGGAGAGCGGCGUUAUGGUACAUCACGACUUCUACUCGGGUGGCUAUGUUAAAGUCUUUCUGGAGUUUGGCAAGGUUAAGAUUGAUCUCAAAGCCAAAGACAAGGCUCGCAUCAUUCUGGACAACUAUGACGAGCAGUUUAACGAUGGCAAAUGGCAUUCGUUUAUACUGUCCAUUGAGCGGAAUCGUCUAAUUCUGAACAUUGAUCAACGUCCAAUGACAACCACCAAGAAUCUGCAGAUAGCCACUGGACGAUUGUAUUACAUAGCUGGCGGUAAGGAGAAGAAUGGCUUUGUUGGCUGCAUGCGGCUCAUCUCUGUGGAUGGUAACUACAAGCUGCCUCAGGAUUGGGUGCAGGGCGAGGAGGUUUGCUGCGGCGAUGAGGUUGUUGUCGAUGCCUGUCAAAUGAUUGAUCGCUGCAAUCCAAAUCCCUGCCAGCACAAGGGCGUCUGCCAUCAAAACAGCAUGGAGUUCUUCUGCGAUUGCGCACAAACUGGAUACGCGGGCGCCGUAUGCCAUACCUCCAACAAUCCUUUGUCCUGUCAGGCUUUGAAGAAUGUGCAACAUGUGCAGCAGCGCGUUAACCUGAAUAUCGAUGUAGAUGGCAGCGGUCCUCUAGAGCCCUUCCCAGUUACCUGCGAAUUCUAUUCCGAUGGUCGCGUUAUUACCACACUGAGUCACAGCCAGGAGCAUACUACCACUGUUGAUGGCUUCCAGGAGCCUGGCUCCUUUGCGCAGUCCAUCAUGUACGAUGCCAACCAGCUGCAAAUUGAAGCACUUCUCAACCGUUCACACAGCUGCUGGCAGCGUCUGAGCUAUUCCUGUCGUUCGUCGCGUCUCUUCAACUCGCCUUCUGAAGCUGGUAAUUUCCGUCCCUUCUCCUGGUGGAUCUCGCGCAACAAUCAGCCCAUGGAUUACUGGGCUGGUGCUUUGCCUGGUUCGCGCAAAUGCGAGUGCGGCAUUUUGGGUAAAUGUCACGAUCCUACCAAGUGGUGUAACUGCGACUCGAAUAGCUUGGAGUGGAUGGAGGAUGGUGGAGAUAUACGUGAAAAGGAACAUCUACCUGUGCGUGCGGUUAAGUUCGGUGACACUGGCACGCCUCUAGAUGAGAAGCAUGGCCGCUAUACACUGGGACCCAUGCGCUGUGAGGGCGAUGAUCUGUUUAGCAAUGUUGUUACGUUCCGCAUAGCUGAUGCUUCCAUUAAUUUGCCGCCCUUCGAUAUGGGUCAUUCGGGAGACAUUUAUCUGGAGUUCCGUACCACACAGGAAAAUGCAGUGCUGUUCCAUGCCACUGGCCCCACCGACUAUAUCAAACUAAGUCUGAACGGCGGCAAUAAAUUGCAAUUCCAGUAUCAAGCAGGCAGCGGUCCACUAGGAGUGAAUGUGGGCACCAGCUAUCAUCUGAACGACAACAACUGGCACACGGUGAGCGUGGAGCGCAAUAGAAAGGAAGCUCGUCUAGUCGUUGAUGGCUCAAUAAAGGCUGAAGUGCGCGAACCACCAGGCCCUGUGCGUGCUCUUCACCUGACUUCUGACUUGGUAAUUGGCUCCACAACUGAGUACCGUGAUGGCUACGUGGGCUGCAUACGUGCGCUUUUACUCAAUGGCAAGAUGGUGGACUUGAAACAGUAUUCAAUGCGUGGUCUCUAUGGCAUUAGCACUGGCUGCGUGGGACGCUGCGAAUCGAGUCCUUGCCUCAACAACGGCACCUGCAUUGAACGCUACGAUGGCUACAGCUGUGAUUGCCGCUGGAGUGCGUUCAAGGGACCCAUUUGCGCAGACGAGAUUGGCGUCAAUUUGCGUUCCAGCUCUAUUAUUCGUUACGAGUUUGAGGGCUCAUUCCGUUCCACAAUUGCAGAGAACAUUCGCGUGGGUUUCACAACAACCAUACCCAAGGGCUUCCUGCUGGGUUUCUCUUCAAACCUGACUGGCGAAUAUCUGACUAUACAAAUUUCCAAUUCCGGUCAUUUGCGCUGCGUCUUUGACUUUGGCUUUGAGCGUCAGGAAAUUAUAUUCCCUAAAAAGCAUUUCGGUUUGGGCCAGUAUCAUGAUGUGCGCUUUAUGCGUAAGAACAGCGGCUCGACGGUGGUGCUGCAUGUAGAUAACUACGAACCUGUGGAGUAUCACUUUGACAUCAAGGAGUCAGCGGAUGCACAGUUCAAUAACAUUCAGUACAUGUUCAUUGGCAAAAACACUUCAAUGACCGACGGUUUUGUGGGCUGUGUAUCGCGUGUGCAGUUCGAUGAUAUUUAUCCACUGAAACUGAUGUUCCAACAGAAUCCGCCCAAUAAUGUCAAAUCGCUUGGCACUCAAUUGACUGAAGACUUUUGCGGCGUUGAGCCGGUGACGCAUCCGCCCAUUGAAAUAGAGACUAGGCCGCCACCACUGGUGGAUGAAGAGAAGUUGCGCAAGGCUUACAAUGAGGUCAACGCUGUGCUGCUGGCAUUCCUGCUCGUCAUACUCUUCCUAUUGCUGCUCUUGAUGUUCUUCUUGAUUGGUCGCUAUUUGCAUCGGCACAAGGGCGAUUAUCUGACGCACGAGGAUCAUGGCGCCGAUGGUGCCGAUGAUCCGGAUGAUGCUGUACUGCAUUCAACCACUGGCCAUCAGGUCAGAAAGCGUACAGAGAUUUUCAUCUAAUAACAGACAAGCUACAGCAAUCUCUGAAAAUCAAUCGCCUUAAACAAAAACCACAACUGAGCACACAAAAUAUAUGUAAAAGAAAGAAACAUACACAAAAUCAAACGAAUUAGGAAACGAAUAUGAUAAAUUACAAUUGGUAAUUGAAUCCAAGGCUUUUUAACCCUCUUCGCACACACUGCCAAUUAUUUUGAGCAAUGCAUUUGCUUUGAAUUUGGUUAACAAUUGGUUGCUGAUUUUUGAUUAUGUUUUGAUUUUGUUUAAUGGCCAAUGAAAUAUUACUUUUAUUUUACCUUGUACUUUUGACCACUCAAUAGUCAUCACAAAACCGUCCAAUUUUGUUUAGUUGACUUUUUUUUAUAUAUAUACACAAAUUGUUUAUCAAAUUAAGUUACAAUUGUAUUUUAAGUUGUCAGCCAGCCAAUUACAUUUAUGCAUUGUAUGCCCACAUAUAUAUCUACUUAUAUAUAUCUGGACAGACGUGCAGAACUACACCAACGACAUUCCAUUAUAUUUAAUACGUUAUAGUUUUCUCUGUCUCUCUACAUAUUAUGUAAAUCAUUUCAAAUGUCUUCUAAUUUACACAAAGCGAAUAUAAUGAAUGACUUUUUGUGCUAAGUUUUAAACAAAACGAGAA